AUGAUGAUGAAUUCACCACGCAGAAACACAGUGCAAGUAUUCCAAGUCGAUCACGGCUCGGUGCUGGAAGGGAUCUUCAGUGGGUCGUCGCCGGUAUACCAACAAGAAGACAAUAAUAAGCCAAGGCUGGUCAUGGGCAAUGGGAAACGAGGUUCAUUGACAUCUACAUCCGAUCACAAGAAAUGGACCACGAAUUCGCCGGCGGCGGUCUUUGAGGAGAGCGGUAGCAGCAAACCAAGAUUAAUGGUUGGUGGCAACCCACGACGAGCGUCGGCACCGGUAUCGCCCAAGAAGAAGACCAACAAACUCCAACAGUACCUAUCCAAAAAGAAGAAUGGACUGCCACUAUGA